AUGAAGUCGCUGAAGCGUCCAGCAGUAGAAAGGCCGGAAGGCGCAAAGGAACCAUCUUCUCGUUCGCCUUUCUUCUCCUCCUCAGCCUUGGUGAGACGUCCCCCACCAACCGACCACCUGAGCCCACCUCCCAGCCCAUCAUCCAAUAGCCACGGUCGAAAGCGGACCGGCAUGGAACGUAUCUUCGCUCUGACCCCAACGCCCACCGCCGUGCUCGACCAGCAUCUUUGUUUCUGUACAGUCUCCAAGUCUUACUCGGACCUUUUCCAAACCGAUCUCGACCUCGUCCAUGGCAAGAACUUCUUCGAUGUCAUUGUCGAAAUUCUAGACUCCACAAACUACCUCAUAGUCAAGCAGCUUGUCGAAGACGCCAUUUCAACCCGCAUCGAGCAAAAGACCGACCCCAUACUCGGCAGUGUCCUCCCUGGCCAUUGGCGCCUCCGAGCCGUUCCUAUCUAUGAAGAAGACGAACUACUUUAUCUCCUUAUCGAGGGUCAAGAUGCUACAGCAGAGGUUGAGCAAGCCCUCAGACACAAGGCGAAGCUGGACGCUGCCGAAACCUAUCGUGUAUUGGUCAGUACUCUUCGCGACUAUGCCAUAUUCAUGCUCGACCCCACCGGUUGCAUAUCAACGUGGAAUACCGGCGCUACCCUUCUGAAGCAAUACUCCCAGGAAGAUGUCCUGGGCCAACACUUUUCAAUAUUUUACGGGGAUGAAGACAGAAAAUCAAGAAAGCCUGAAAGGGAACUUGAAGUGGCUCUGCGCGAGGGCAAGGUCGAGGAUGAAGGCUGGCGCUUCAGAAAAGAUGGCACUCGCUUUUGGGCCAAUGUCAUCAUCGCCCCGGUCUAUCACGAUGGGGUGCUGAAGGGCUUCAGCAAAGUCACUCGAGAUCUCACCGAGAGGAAAGCUGGCGAGGCUCGCCUCAUCGAGGCAUAUGAAGAAGCCUCCAAGUUGAAAUCCGAUUUCCUGGCCAACAUGAGCCACGAGAUCAGGACCCCCAUGCACGGAAUGCUCUCGGCCUUGUCUCUCUUGAUCGAUACGGGCCUGUCCCAAGAACAAAAGGAGCUUGCUGAUAUCAUCGAUGAAUCUGGUGCCAUCUUACUGCAGGUGAUCAACGACAUUCUGGACUACUCCAAGCUCACCUCUGGCUCAUUCACUGUCACCACCAAAGAGGUGAUCAACAUCCCCCAAGUUGUUGCUUCUGUCCGCCGGUGUUACAAAUUCGGGCCUGAAACUGGUCCACAAUUUGAGAUUGAAUUGGAUCCCAAUCUACCCAGAUUUGCUCAGGGUGAUCCUUUGCGUUACCGUCAAAUCUUACAAAAUCUCGUCUCGAAUGCCGUCAAGUUCACUGAGACGGGUUGCAUUCGGAUCAAGAUCCGCUUGACUCACGAGGAUGAGAGAUCAUACACUGUGAGAACAGAAGUCAUAGAUACCGGCAUUGGUGUUCCAGCUGAGUCUGAGAACUUCCUAUUCAUCCCUUUCACUCAGCUUGACAAUUUUUCCACCAAGCGGUACAAAGGCACCGGGCUUGGGCUCUCGAUAUGCAAGAGCUUGGCAGAAUUAAUGGGCGGUACGGUUGGCUACACCAAAAAUGAAGAAUCACAGGGCAGCAACUUUUACUUUACCGUCUCAAUUGGAAAAAUGGAGAUUACUACCCCAGCACCAUUGGCUGUGUCCACCGCCGACCUGGACAUCAAAGAAUUGGCACCUCACAAGCACCUACUUCUCGUGGAAGACAACGCCAUCAACCAAACAAUCAUGGUGCGCUUAUUGCGAGGAUUUGGCUUCGAAAAGGUCGAUGUUGCGUGUGAUGGUGCGGAUGGAUUGAGACUCGUCAAGCAAAAGCCUCUGGCCUAUAGCUUGAUUCUCAUGGAUAUCAGCAUGCCCGUCAUGGACGGUGUUACUGCUACCAGACAGAUCAGAGCCACGGGCUCGUCCAUACCCAUCAUCGCCAUGACCGCGAAUGCUUUGAAAGGUGACGAAGAAGCCUACUUGGCUGAAGGGAUGAAUGACUAUAUCGCCAAACCUGUGGAUCGCAGAUUGCUCAUGUCAGCCCUGUUGCGAUGGUUGAGGUGA